AUGGCCACCGCCCCUCCUUGCACCUGUGCCUGCGGCGCUCCGUCCCCAUCGCUGCGAUGCCCUCUCGCCCUGCCGCUCCCCUUCUCUUCCCCUCAUCCCGCCGUCCGGCUCGCCGCCCCGCCGCUUCUCGCGCGCCGUCUCGCCGUGUCUCGUCCAAGGGCAGCGUCAGCGCUGGAAGCCCUCGUGCUGGAGUCUGACGACGAGGAUGAGGACGAGAAUGAGGACGAGGAAGCGGAGGAGUCCGGGGCAGGCCUGUUCCAGGGUGAUGAGUGGGCGGCGACCGCCGACGAGAGGGACGCGGUGAGGUCCCCCGAGCUGGAGGUGUUCGAGCUCGAGGAGCUGCCGGAGCAGUGGCGUCGGUCCAGGAUCGCCUGGCUCUGCAAGGAGCUCCCCGCCUACAAGCACUCCACCUUCACCCGCAUCCUUAACGCCCAGAGAAAGUGGAUCACCCAGGACGACGCCACCUACGUCGCCGUCCACUGCCUCCGCAUCCGCCACAACGACGCCGCAUUCCGGGUGUACAGCUGGAUGGUACGGCAGCACUGGUACCGCUUCAACUUUGCGCUAGCCACAAGGGUGGCCGAUUGUCUUGCCAGAGAAGGCAAGGUUGGGGAGUGCCGAGAGGUGUUUGACGCGAUGAUCAAGCAAGGCCGAGUGCCGGCUGAAUCCACCUUCCACAUAUUGGUGGUUGCAUAUCUCAGUGUUGCUAGGGGGCGUUCUCUUGAGGAGGCAUGCACCAUCUACAACCAGAUGAUACAGAUGGGUGGCUAUAAGCCUCGACUCAGCCUGCAUAAUUCACUGUUCCGUGCACUUGUCAGUAAAACAGGAGGCACUGCGAAGCACAAUCUCAGGCAGGCUGAAUUUGUCUACCACAAUAUAGUCACAAGUAACCUUGCGGUGCACAAGGAUAUUUAUGCGGGGCUCAUCUGGCUCCACAGCUAUCAAGAUGUCAUUGAUAGAGACAGGAUCAAAGCUCUUAGGGACGAGAUGAAGCGAGCCGGGUUUGAGGAGAGCACUGAUGUGCUGGUGUCACUGAUGAGAGCCUUCUCCAAGGAAGGGGAUAUUGAAGAAACUGAGGCAACAUGGCAUUGGCUUCUUCGGAGUGGUUGUGAGCUUCCUGCGCAGGCUUAUAUCUGCCGAAUGGAGCUUUAUGCAUGCACUGGUGAGCCUAUGAAAUCCCUAGAAAUGUUCAAGGAGAUGAAGAAUCAGAACAUCCCUCCUAAUGUCGCAUCAUAUCAUAAGAUUAUUGAGAUUAUGGCAAAAGCUAGAGAGAUAGAGAUUGCAGAAAAACUCAUGGAUGAGUUUGUUGAAAGUGAUAUGAAACAUCUGAUGCCAGCCUUUCUUGACUUGAUGUAUUUGUAUCUGGAUCUGGAUAUGCAUGAGAAAUUGGAACAGACUUUCACAAAAUGCCUUGGCCGAUGUCGUCCAAAUAGAAUAUUAUACACCAUUUAUCUGGAAUCAGUUGUGAGGAUUGGGAAUGUCUCAAAGGCCGAGGAGACCUUUGGUGAAAUGCAUAAAAAUGGGAUGAUAGGUACUAAUGCUAAGUCUUGCAACAUCAUGCUUAGAGGCUAUCUUUCAGCAGAGGACUAUCAGAAAGCUGAGAGCAUUUAUGAGUUAAUGUGUAAAAAGAAGUAUGAUAUACCAAUGGAUUCUUUGGAGAAACUUCAAAGUGGCCUCCUCAGUAGCAAGAAAGUUGUUAAGCCACCAAAACCUGUGAGUAUGAAGUUGGAUGAAGAGCAGCGUGAGAUUUUGAUUGGUUUGCUCCUUGGAGGCACUCAAAUAGAAUCUCAUGCACAGAAAGGGGUCUACAUUGUCAAUUUUAAGUUCCAGGAAGAUUCUAAUACUCAUUCAGUUCUAAGGGUGCAUAUUCAUGAACGUUUCUUCGAAUGGCUGCCUUCAGUACGCAGAUCACUAAACACUGAGAGCGAGAUCCCUUAUCGGUUUUCAACCAUACCUCAUGCACAUUUUGGUUUCUUUGCAGAUCAGUUCUUUCAGAAAGGUCAGUCUGUUCUCCCAAAACUCGUCCAUAGGUGGCUUUCCCCACGGGUUCUGGCAUAUUGGUUCAUGUUUGGGGGCUUCAGACUGCAAUCGGGUGAUAUUGUUCUUAAGGUCAGUGGCGGGAACAUUGAUGGUUUUGAGAGAAUUGUGAAAACCUUGCAAACACAAUCUUUAACAUGUAAAGUGAAGAGGAAAGGAAGAUUCUUUUGGAUAGGUUUUCAGGGAAGCAAUGCCGACUCUUUCUGGAGAAUAGUUGAACCUUAUGUAUUGGACAGUUUUGCUAGUUCUACUGAGGAAAGUCACAAUGUAGGUUCUGAUGGCUUGCAAGAUAGUGAUACAUAUUAUGAUGAUGAUACACAGAGGCAUGAUAGAGAAAGUGAUGAGUGA